UGGAAAUUCAUUUUUGUUUGAAAUAAGAUGGAUGCCGUUUCCCAGCUUGGAAGCAAAAUAUUUCUAUUGUAUUUGCAAACAAUUUCAGUGAAAUAACGAAUUCCUCCAUUUGUUUUCCUGUCAAUACCGAGUUACUUUACGUCUGUAAGUACGGUGAAACCCACCAGGUUAGUCCAAAAGCAAAUCUAGAUCAUCUUUUCGGAAAGUGCACCGCCAACGGGUGGUUAAAUUGGAAUGACACUCCAUGGGUUUUACCUCAAUGUGUGCCAAGACAGAAUCACUGUCAUUCACCGUGGAACAACAAUUCAAAUAUGUUUGUUCAAAUCCAUGGCCAAAACAUCAGUAUCGAACAUAAUAACACAUCACUAAAUUACACAGUGGAAACGGUGGCCGUUUUCAAGUGCAAGAAUCCCAAAUCGAAUGCAAGCCAAGAAUGGAGGUGCACAGCAGAAAAUAACAAGACAUAUUCAUGGAAACAAAAAACGAACAAAACAAAAGAUUGUGAAGUGCCCACAGAAUCGUCGACAAAAAUACCAGAAAACGACGAUAACAGAAAAUCAACAGUAACAGAGAACAUUCUUUCUGCUUCAGAAACAUCUACUCAGAGCAAAGAACUUUUCUCUGCAUUUCCUUCUCGCAGCGGAAAUCUGAGUGACCUCCUCAUUGGGAUUUGCAGCUUCCUGGGGUUUAUUAUGAUUGUGGUUCUUUUCGGCUUAUUGUACAAAAACAGGGCUAGGCAUGGCAAGAGAUAUAAUAACACUGCCAAUCAGCAUGCAAGGCAAUCGCCGUUCACAUCCAUGCCGGAAGGGGAAAACCAAUCAAAGGGGAAAUUCGCCGAUGGAGAAGAAAACCUCGUGUACGCCAAUAUCAUUCCUAUUAAAGUUAAUCAAGAAACCAUCUACGCUGAAGUUGAAACCGGCAAAAUUGGUAAAUCACGUCCAACUAAUAUUAAACUGACUAUCGACGACGACCAGUUACACACCACAUACGCUGAAAUCCGUCAUUCAGUAAUCCCCGAGGAUCAACGUCGAUAAAAUAAAAAAAAAUAAUUAGCGGACGUCAUUUGAAAGCGGUGUAAUUUAAUGUGAAAAACUUUGCUACAUUUCAUACACAAAUAGCAACAUUCCUGA